CAAGAUGCGUGCUGGCCGGUGUUGUGCCUCCGCAGAUUUAGAAGUUAGUGGCCGGAGGGGCCUGGUCCGAGUACAGCUUUCAUCGCCUUUACUCCCCGACCUUCCUUCGGGUCUGUUUAUCCGUUGCAGCCUCCCUUCCCCACGACGGGGCGCCUCUGCAACUCACAAAGUACCCUUAGAAAGAGGCCCUCAGAAGAGUCUUCUCUUAAGAAGAUAAAGAAGGUAGUGGAAACGAACUUCCUGAGCUUUUCAGGCUCUAAUGGCUGAAGAAUCAAGAAAGCCUUCAGCCCCAUCCCCACCAGACCAGACUCCUGAAGAGGAUCUUGUAAUCGUCAAGGUAGAGGAGGAUCAUGGUUGGGACCAGGAAUCUAGUCUGCAUGAAAAUAACCCUCUUGGCCAAGAAGUGUUCCGCCUGCGCUUCAGGCAGUUAUGCUACCAGGAGACACUAGGACCCCGAGAAGCUCUGAUCCAACUACGGGCCCUUUGCCAUCAGUGGCUGAGGCCAGAUUUGAACACCAAGGAACAGAUCCUGGAGCUGCUGGUGCUGGAGCAGUUCUUGACCAUCCUACCUGAGGAGCUCCAGACACUGGUUAAGGAACAUCAGCUAGAGAACGGAGAGGAGGUGGUGACCCUAUUAGAGGAUUUGGAAAGGCAGAUUGAUAUACUAGGACGACCAGUCUCAGCUCGCGUACAUGGACAUAGGGUACUCUGGGAGGAGGUAGUACAUUCAGCAUCUGCACCAGAGCCUCCAAAUACUCAGCUCCAAUCUGAGGCAAUCCAACAUAAAUCUCCAGUGCCCCAAGAGUCACAAGAGAGAGCCAUGUCUACUUCCCAGAGUCCUACUCGUUCCCAGAAAGGAAGUUCUGGAGACCAGGAAAUGACAGCUACACUUCUCACAGCAGGGUUCCAGACUUUGGAGAAGAUUGAAGACAUGGCUGUGUCCCUUAUUCGAGAGGAGUGGCUUCUUGAUCCAUCACAGAAGGAUCUGAGUAGAGAUAACAGGCCAGAAAAUUUCAGAAACGUGUUCUCCCUGGGUGGUGAGACCAGGAGUGAGAACAGGGAAUUAGCUUCAAAACAGGUAAUAUCUACUGGAAUCCAACCACAUGGAGAGACAGCUGCCAAAUGCAACGGGGAUGUUAUCAGGGGUCUUGAGCAUGAAGAAGCCCGAGACCUUCUGGGCAGAUUAGAGAGGCAGCGGGGAAAUCCCACACAAGAGAGACGACAUAAAUGUGAUGAAUGUGGGAAAAGCUUUGCUCAGAGCUCAGGCCUUGUUCGCCACUGGAGAAUCCACACUGGGGAGAAACCCUAUCAGUGUAAUGUGUGUGGUAAAGCCUUCAGUUACAGGUCAGCCCUUCUUUCACAUCAGGAUAUCCACAACAAAGUAAAACGCUAUCACUGUAAGGAGUGUGGCAAAGCCUUCAGUCAGAACACAGGCCUGAUUCUGCACCAGAGAAUCCACACUGGGGAGAAGCCAUAUCAGUGCAAUCAGUGUGGGAAGGCUUUCAGUCAGAGUGCGGGCCUUAUUCUGCACCAGAGAAUCCACAGUGGAGAGAGACCCUAUGAAUGUAAUGAGUGUGGGAAAGCUUUCAGUCAUAGCUCACACCUCAUUGGACAUCAGAGAAUCCACACUGGGGAGAAGCCCUAUGAGUGUGAUGAGUGUGGGAAAACCUUCAGGCGGAGCUCACAUCUUAUUGGUCAUCAGAGGAGCCACACUGGGGAGAAACCCUACAAAUGCAAUGAGUGUGGGAGGGCCUUCAGUCAGAAGUCAGGCCUUAUUGAACAUCAGAGAAUCCAUACUGGAGAAAGACCCUAUAAAUGUAAAGAAUGUGGGAAAGCUUUCAAUGGGAACACUGGUCUCAUUCAACACCUGAGAAUUCACACAGGGGAGAAGCCCUACCAAUGUAAUGAGUGUGGGAAAGCCUUUAUUCAGAGGUCAAGUCUCAUUCGACAUCAGAGAAUCCACAGUGGUGAAAAAUCUGAAUCCAUAAGCGUUUAGGAACAACAUCAGUUACAGUUUGAGCAUUAUUCAGCAUUAGGGAAACCACACACUGGUGAGAGGUCUUUCAGUGUACUAAAAGGCAGAAAGGUCAUCGCAACUUUAGUGUCAGAAUCUAUAGUGGUGGCAAAGUUAGGAUAGCUCUUUAGUAAUUUGGGCCCAGUGCCUUGGUGAAGGUUGAUUAGCUUGACUGUCUUUGAAAGUAUCUGAUGGAGCUCCUGAUGACCUAAUGUAUCCUUUAGAAAUUUAAAAUAGCAUUAGAGCAAGUUGCUUGUCAUGGCUUGAAGAGCUUAACUUUGUCUUUUGGGUGAGUAGCUAUAGGUUUGAGAGAGGCUGGCUACUCCUAGUUCCUGUGCUUCUUCCCAUCUCCUGUGAUCCCCCUCUCCCAUUUAUUCCCUUGAAGGUGCCCUUGUAUUCCUAAUCUGAUCUAAGAAGCUGCUGUAGAGUCAGAAGUAGCUUCUGUGUGAAACUUAUAUUUGUAUGUAGCUUUCUAGGAAAAUUUUACAGACACUUAAAGUAUUUAUGCUUAAGUGUGCAUUUUUUUAUUCUAAUAUUCCUUCUAGUCAGUGGAAAUUUGUAUUCCCAUACAAACUCAGAAUGCUAUAUUUUUAACAGCACUCCAGCAUUUUUCUUCAUGUAUCACCUUCACUGACUCCAUUGAGUCGUUGAGCAUCUGUACAUAUCCUUCACCACCCCCAGUCCCAGCACCCGUGUCAGUAAAGAAAGUGGACACAUUAGUAAUGGUUAUGGGAGUAAUGCAGAGAAAGAGGUGAGUGGAGACUCAGCCCAGCUGCUCUUGAGCUUGGAUAGUUAUACAUUUUGGUGACUUCUGACUCUCCUUCCACCUCCCCACUGUACACUGUGGUACAAAUAGUUUGCACUAUCCUAGUUAUGGCAUCAGGUAGGAGAAGGAGACAAAGAUGCUUUAGGAAGAUAAAAACCUUACAAAGAAUGUUUACUCAUCUUUUUUGGCCCAUUACAAUACUGCUUUCUCAGGUUCUUAUCAGCCUGUGCAAACUCCCUGACUAGAUGGUCUGUCACUCCUAUCAUUACCUUGCACCCAUCUCUUUAGAUGGCCUCAGCACCACACUCGUUAUUCUCCAUCUGUUUCUUGCCAUUAGUUUAUAUGACUUUAAUAUCCACAGUGGUAAUCUAAUACCUUACCUCACAGGUUUUCAUUCUUUUGAACUCUGGUGCACUCUAUCUGUAAUCCAUGUCUAUAAUCUACCAACAAAGAUGUACUCUUAAACUCAGUAUCACCAGGCACUAUAUUUCAUCUUUGAGGCUUUUGUUAUACCAAGGAAUACUAUAUAAAGUAAUGAGACUGGUUUAAAGUAACAUGCCAGAACUUACGCAUCCAAUGUGGCUUGUCACUUGUUAUUCCCAAGUACUAUUAUUCCAUACUACUAUAUUCUUCCAAAUAUUUGGAACACUCUUAGAAUUCCCAUUUAAUAAACCAUAUGAGAAAACCCUCUAUUACUCUUACACUUUAGUUUUACCAUUUGAGUAGCCACUUAUUCACCAGAGUUGGAAUUGAGAAAUUUUGGGCUUUCCAAAAUUAACCUUUAAACUUAAAAUUGAUUACAUUGAGCCUAUUCAGAAAAAAAAUUAUAUAGGUUCUGAUGAAAGCUUCAUAAUUUCACCCUGUGACUAUCCUGAAAAGAAAUAAUAAUCAUUUUAUGAUUGAUGGGUCAAAAAAAGCAAUCAAAGUCUUAUGUCAUAGAGGACCACCUUUUGGAUCAUAAAUUCUUUCCCUAUAACAUUCCUUCUCUGCCUCUCUAUGGCCCACUUUGACCACUAACAACAUCAGAAUUAUCUACAUCAAUUUCAUUGAGCCAUUGGUGAAUGAAGACACCCAUCACUUGUCAUGUUGGUUUCCAACAGUCCUUUUGAUUAUCCUUUAUUUUCUUAUCCUCCCUUCUCUUGUUUCUUUUUUUUUUAUUUAUAAGUUACCAUUCCUAGUUUCUUUGUACUUGAAAUUUUAAGAAACCAGAAACAAGUAAAUCUGGUUGUAUCUAGAUCUUUGCUCUGUGUUUCAGUUGUGCCUUACCCUCUGUAAGAUACUGAUUCUUCCUGGGGCCAGUAUUACCUUGUAUGCAAAUAUUACAUAUGAUGGGUGCAUUGUCAGAGGGAAAAUACAUGUGUAUGUACACAUGUGUAUGUACACACACACACACCUGCCAUACACUUUAGAAGAACGCUUCUCUUCUAUUCCAAUAAAAAGUCCUUUUAGCAAUGCAACAUAUUAACAAAAUUGGGUGCAUUCAGGGUGGUGUGGCCAUAGACCAGAGCAACACAUUGAAAUGUGUACAGAUGUACUAGCUAAAGUCUCUUUAUGUGUCAGUAUUAAGAGUAAUAUGUAGCCAGAUUACUUAAAUCUCAGAAUUACUAAGCAUGUGGCAUAAAUUUGGAGAAAAUAAUAUGACUAGAAAAAUUAGUGUUAUAUUGGGUGUGAGAAAAGACUGUGUCUUGAAAGAAUUAUCAAAGCUGAUACAGCGCAUAUACAGAAUUAGCCAAAUGGUGUAAGACAAUAGAAAAAGGCUGUGGAUUCUUUGAGGACAUCACUAGAAAUCAUUCUUUGUCUCAAGUUCACACUCUUAGCAUAGAAUAUUAUUGACUAGGCUGUAUGACAUUUUGAGCUCUUAACUGUGAAUGGCAUUCAUUAAGCUCCUUUAUCCUAUAGAUUCUAUCUUUAUGUUCAUCUGAAAUGAACUAUUCAUCAGUACUUUCUCCUCCCAUCCUAAGCUUCUCAUUUUAGGAACUGACAUGAUAAGGUGGUUCUUUCAUAACUCUAAUGCCAUCCAACAUAGCCCUGGGAGAGGCAUGUUAGGUUUCAGAGAUUUUCUCCAUGGAGCGAGGUGCAGUGCUAGAAUAUGGUGGUUGAUUCCCAAACAGAGCAGUUAACUUUACUCUUGGUUCUGAGUCUCCAAAUAAUAAUAGCCGACGUUUAUUGAGCACUUACUAUGUGCCCAACCUUGUUAUGCCUUUCUCAGGCUCAUGAUAAAUGUAUUAGUCUGUUCUCAUGCUGCUAUUAAAGACAUACCUGACACUGGGUAAUUUAUAAAGGAAAGAGGUUUAAUGGACUCAGUUCCACAUCGCUGGGGACGCCUCACAAUCAUGGUGGAAGGCAAGGAGGAGCAAAUCGUGUCUUAUACAUGGAUGGCAGCAGGCAAAGAGAGAACUUGUGCAGGGGAACUCUUUAUAAAACCGUCCGAUCUUGUGAGACUUAUUCACUAUCACAAGAACAGCACAGGAAAGUUCUGCCCCUGUGAUUCAGUUACCUCCCACUUGGUCCCACCCACGACACGUGGGAAUUGUGGGAGCUACAAUUCAAGAUGAGAUUUGGAUGGGACACAGCCAAACCAUAUCAAUAGGUAUUAUUUUAUCCCCCAUUUUAUAAAUGAGGAAACGGAGGCUUAGUUGAGUGAGCUGACAAAUAUCACCCAGCCAGUAUGUGAUAAAACUGAUUGUGACCCACACAGUUUGAUUCUAGAGCCUGUUCUGACUACUGUGCUAAGGUGUGUAUAAUGAACAUGGUAAUUCUAACCAGCUUUUUAAAAAUAUGUAGCGCUUGUCAUGAGAUGUACUGGGGAAAAGAAUAUGCAGUAGAGUGCAAAUACAUUACAAUUACUAGAAAAUUGGUGGAAAUGCCUUUUGGGGUUACAAUUAUAUCAUUUUUAAGUGUUGAUGCUUUGUAGUACUACAAAGCUAAAUUGUGCAAAUAAAACAUAUUUAACAGAGUAAUUGGGAGGAUAAAGCAAUAAUAAAUUCAAAUAUAUUUUUCUCCAAACUGCCAAAGGGAAAGUAGAAUUGUGGAGGGAAAUGAAAUAUCCAUGUACCAGGCCAGGCAGAUGGUCAGUUAGGAUGACAAUAGUAAGUUCAUCUACAGCAUAAAAUGUGAAAUGCUUUCAACCUCAUUGCCCAUUUCCAACUACCAUUCUGUUUCUCCUCUAUUGUUCAUGGUUUUUCAAACAUAUCUUUGAUUUUUCAACCCCCCUUUUUCAUUAAUCUGUUCUUAAAACUUCUUUUUACUGGCUUUCAUACUUAGCAUUCCAGUGAAAUGUUCUUAGACUAACCAGUGGACAAAUAAUAAGGCCUUUUUUUAUUAUUAUUUCUUGUCCUUUUUGAUCUAAUUUAUAUUUUAUAUUGUUGAAUUCUCCCUCCUUUGGCUUGUGGGAUCCUUUUUCUCUAAUAUCUGGCUUUCUUUUUUUAGUUGAUCUUUCCACCCACUCCCCUUUCUCCUCUUCUCCACUGAGAAUAAUCUCCCUGCCUUUUAUUCACUUCAUUUUCUAUACUCCUAUUUAUCCAUCUUGAUUGUUUAUACCUACUAUUUGUAUUCGAAUGACUUCAUUUUUCCCACCCUGUGGGUCAGUUUCUGACUUUUGGAAUUUUCCACAGGUACCUGUACAACUUGAUAUUCGAAAACAGGAUUCAUCACCAUAUAUCCCCAGCCCCCGUUUUCUUUUUAAACAGGCCUCAUUGCCUAAUUCCUUUGCCCUGAAAAGUGUCACCACCUUUAUAUUUUUACCCCAGCCUUGGAGUUAUCUUUUUCUGCUCUCUAUACUCCAUGUCCAAAAACUUGCUGUCAGUCCAGUUUUUAAUCAGUUUUCUCCUUGAGGCUUGAUCUCCCAUUUCUCUCAUACCAUUAUAGCUUUUCAUGUAGAUCUGAGGCCCAGGUUACUGUAAUUCUUUUUUUUCCAAUUUCCUUGCUCCCAGGAUCCCCAUCUUGUAUAAAGUUUCCAAGGUGCUCCUCCUCAAACUCCAUUUUUACAAUAUCCGUAUUGUAAAAUUUUCAUUUUCAGUAACACCCAGUAGAUAAUUUUUCAAAGACGAUCCUCCUCAAACACCCAUUUUUACAAUAUCUCUAUUGUAAAAUUUCAUUUUCACUAAGUAACACCCAGUAGAUAAUUGCUAUGGAGCAGUGGUGUUCCAAAUUCUCCAUUACCUCUAUGCCUAAUAUUCAUCAGCCUUCAUUACUCUCUAGCAUAUUCACCUUGAUUCAACAGAUUCAAACUUCCUACAGCCUUCUACUGAUGUCUUACAAGCUCUUGCCUCUGUGCCUUUCUCAUGCUAUUCUUUUUGCUUAGAUUGCUCUUUGGUCCCCGCUCAUGUUCAUCACUCCCUUCAAAGCCUUUCUUCCUUUAUAUCUUCUGACUGAGCUCUCCCUGAUUGACAUCACCUCAUGCGAUGACCUCCCUCAUUCUGUGCUGCCUCAGCACUUAUCUUUUGAGUUUGUAUUGUGGUCCAUGUACUUACUAAUAUGUUGCUUUCUAAUUAUUUUCUAGCACUCUGUGUUACAGUUUCAUAUUUGUAUUUAUUUCCAAAAUUAAAUUGUAAGCUCCUUGAGGGCAGGAAUAAUAACUUUUACAUUUGUAUCUCUGCACCCCCGAGUGCCUAGUAUAGUGCUGAGCACAUAGUAGGCGUUUAAUAAAUGCUUGUUGAAGUAUUGUGUGGAUUAUUUGUGGUGGUAUCUACAGAAAUUUUUAAGCUGUUCUCAAGAAUGUCUCUUACCACUUUGGGUGCUCAAAAAUGUACAGACCUAUUUUCGUAUGCUAGCAUAGUAUAUCAGGAUCUGCCUCUACCUAAGAGUAAGGCCAAAAAAAAUUCAUCUUUAGGAAAUUAUGUGUGAAAAGCUGAAGCUCUCCAUUUGGCCAGCCUUAUUGGUCAAGAAAGAAAAUAAGCACUAAAGACUAUUGUGUGAAGGUUAUAAUUCCAAAAGUGCUUGAGAAUAGGCUUUUGUAUAUGAGAUUAGUGGUUCUCUUUGGGAGAAAUUUGGCAAUGUUUGGGGACAUUUUUGGUCAUACCAUUGGUGGGCAGCUGGGAUGCUACUGGCAUCUAGUAGGUAGAGGCUGGGGAUGCUGCUAAGCAUCAUGUUUGCACAGGACAGCACCUCACCCCCCCACAUCGCCCCGCCCCUGCCCCUGUCCCCGCCCCACAACAAAGAAUUAUCUGGCCCAAAAUCCUUAAUGCUGAGGUUGUGAGACUUGAUAUAUUUAAGGUAAAUAGGAGAAAGAGAUACGAAGUACUGGCAAUACAAUUAGAAAAAUUAGCUAUGCCAAGCCUUAAGAGAAUCCUGUGUGUGUGCAUAUUUUGUGGUUUUUAAGACUAUAAAAGAAAAAGAAGACUUAAUGUUUGGCAUUCACAGCAACAUAUGUCAGGGUGUUCAUAAACAAUAAAGUUGAUGAUGUUUUAAGGUUGCUUUCAGCAUCAGAUCUGCCAUCAUCCCUAUGCCAAGUGUUUCAGCAUACAAGUGUUACAGAAGUACAAGUCUAGUUUUAGUCUUCCAUAUCUUGGUUCAUUAUAGCAUCAAAGGUAAAAUACUGGGGGCUGUCUCUUUAACAGAGGGGCUAUAACAUCAAAGAUUUAGCCUUGAGGACAACAUAUGACCCUCAGUCCCUUGGACAGCCUCUAGGCAGGAAUUACCAGCAUGCCAAGGAAACCACAAGCCAGAAUAUUGUCAGAGUUUGCCAAGUAAAACCAUUCCAGUUUUAUUUGUUUUUAACGUAGUUUUUAACAUACUGUGUUAAUCCUAUUUAGGAAGGCAAAUAUGUAGGAGGAAAUGUGAUUUCCUAAAUUAAAUCGUUAAAAAGCAGGCCUUUAGAAGCACUAGCUUGCUUUUGCAGCAGGGGUACUUAAUUCAGCAGGUUUAGAAAGGUUCAACCCCUGGGUGCAGUGGCUCACGCUUACAAUCCCAGCACUUUGGUAGGCCAAGGCAGAAGGAUUGCUUAAGGCCAGGAGUUCAAGAGCAGCCUGAGCAACAGCAAGACUGUCUCUACAAAAAAAACUUAAAAAAUAAAAAAAGUUAAUCGGGUGUGGUGGGAUGCAUCUGUAGUCCCAGCUACUCAAAAGAAUAUGGUGGGAGGAUCCCUUGAGCCCUUGCAGUGAGCUAUGAUUAUGCCACUGGGCGACAGAGGUCUCAAAAGUUCAACCCAAGUUACAAAAUCAGUUUAAAUGUGUAAUAUACCAAAGAAAUAGCUGCUUGCUCUGUCAUAUUUAAAUAUUCAUAGUUUAGAAUGCUAGGUUUAGUGUUCCAAUCCAUUAUUCUGUAAAUGGAGGCUCAAAGAGGCCACUUGGUUAGGUUUCCUGGGGCUUUGCCCAUUUCUUUUCUCCCCUAGUUAUGCCCUCAGGUGUGACCCUUGUAUAUUCUUAAUUCAUGCUCUGCCAUAAGAUGGAUUCAAACUUUGUGCCUCCACCUGUAAUGAUUCAUUUUAGGAAUUACUCCUUUUAUCAUCUUUAUAUCCAAACCAGUAUAUUUACUGACUACAGUGUUUUGAGUUAAGUUCUUUCAUAAAUAAUUGAAUAGCCGGAGAAAUUUUGCAGUAUCGCAGUCAUGUUUUGAAAAUAUUGUUCUUGGUUCUUGUCUCUAAUCUUUGAGAAAGCACACAGGAUAUAGUGUGUUGGCUUUCAGAUCACUAAUAAUUAAGACCAGAGUUCUGUGGCCCCGUGUGUCGCUUUAAGGGAUCCUGUAGGGCCCACACGAGAAAUUUCACCAACUGCACUAUCUUUAAAUUCCAACAUACACGGGUGGUCCUGCCCUGGAUAAAACUCAGGAAGCAAAAUCAACCUUCGAGAGAGGUGAGGUAGGAAGUCUGAGCAUUGCCGACGGGCCGGAGCAAAUCGCUCCCGGGCUAGACUCUGCCUGCACCGCGGCGGGGACAGGUGGAGGUUUCAACCCCUGUUGGGCAACCUCGGGCGCAGCCAGGCCCCGCCCAGAAAUUUCCGGGACACGCCCCGGAAGUACUGAGAGGGACUUCCGCCCCGCGGCGAGGCUUCGGAGCUGGUUGCUGCUCACAGGCAGAGAAACGCUGAAGUGUUCCUGAAGACUCUUCAAUUACAGGAAAAGCUGCAUGACUGCAUCUUUAGAGGAGAUGGUUUCGCUGGUUCCAAGGAUUCUGUUAAUGAGAAAACUCCACAGGCCAGCAUUCUGUAAGCUGGCUCCAGCAGCCCAGUUGACAGUGGCUGAGGCCAGUUCCUGAUCAUCCUGAGGAACACCAGGUCUGGGAGAGGGAGCAGCACUGGCCAGGGGAGGGAGGAUUUUCCUUGGGGAAGUGGCUAAGCUGGAUGAUUUCAAGGAAUUGAGUGAAUCCAGACAGCAGGUGGGGAGAGAUAUUAUCAUCUUACAACUUUUGAUCUCUUAGGGAUUCUUCCCUUUUUUUCCCCUACUUUUUAAGCACGUAAGUCAGAAGCCACACUACCUAUGAUUUUGGCCAAGUCAUUUUAUCUUUCUGUGCCUAUAUGUCAUCUGUCAGUGGGGAUAAUAAAAGCACCUGUCUAGAGUUGUUAUGAGGAUUACAUGAACAGUACCUGCUACAUAGGAAGUGCUAUCCAGGUAUUUGUUGUAAUUAUUUCUUACUUUCCUUACCUCCCUGGAAUUAGCCUGUUCUGCUGAUUUAUUCAUUUCCACAGCGAUUCUUUGAUAAAUUCAUGUGUUUAAUUUUUUUCUGGCCCCAGCUGUUGGUUACAGUCAGGAAGUAGGCAAGAAAUGCCAGCUCCGGAAGCAGAGGGAGAAUAAGAUAGUUAUUCUCUAGUGCCACCCAGGAAUAUGCCACUGAAGUAUUAAUGACAGACUCUUCCCUCUACAGGAGAGUUGUGCUAAACUUUGACAUUUUGUGGUCUUCUGGGGAUUCUGGAAGUAAGGGACCUGAGGUGACUUAACAACAACUGCUGUAUGACAGGAUCAGGAUAAGUGAGUUGUGAAUGCUUAGCAGAGUCUGAUUAAGUUCAGAGUGAAGCUGGAGCAGGAGAGAAUCCAGCUCUGACCUGCCGUUUACACUUUUUUUUAUCGUUCAGGAACUUCAUCUUGGCUGCCAGUUUUCAGAAAUAGAAAUUGUAAAUAUAUUUCCAUUUUUUUGUCUUUGACUGCUUAAAGUGCUUUUGUUUGUUUGUUUUACCUCACAGGAGUUUUUAUUCUAUGUGGGUCAAGUUUACCAAUCUUUUCAUUAAUGAUCUCUGGAUAUUGGCUUAUAAGGAGGAGGACUUUUCUUUUUUGAGAUGGAGUCUCGCUCUGUCACCCAGGCUGGAGUGCAGUGGUGCGAUCUCUGCUCACUGCAACCUCCGCCUCCCGGGUUCAAGUGAUUCUCCUGCCUCAGCCUUCUGAGUAGCUGGGAUUACAGGCACGCACCACCACGCCUGGCUAAUUUUUGUAUUUUUAGUAGAGAUGGGGUUUCACAAUGUUGGUCAGGCUGGUCUCAAACUCCUGACCUCAUGAUCCACCCACCUUGGCCUCCCAAAGUUCUGGAAUUACAGCCGUGAGCGACCGCGCCCGGCCAGGAGGAGGGCCUUUCUAUUCUGAGGUUAUAAAGGACUCACCUCAUGUUUUCCUCUGGUACUUUUAUGGUUUCAUUUAUAACAUGUAAAACUGGUUUAUUUGGAAUAUAUCCUAGUUUAUAGAGUAAGGUAGAAAUCUAAUUUACCAUCUUUCCAGAUGGUUAUCCAGUUCUCACCAUGCAUUUGAAGAGUUCACUUUUUUUUUUUUUUUUAACUCAUUUGCUACCUUUGUCAUAUGCUAAAUUUAUGUGUCUAUUUCUGGGCCUUCUGUUCUGUACCAUUAUCAUGAGUGCUGCACACUUUAAGUAUUAAGGCUUUAUAAUAAGUAAGUUCUUUAGGACAAGUACCCUUCUUUCUCAGUUUCCCCAGGUAGUCCUGCAUGUUUAGUCUUCUAGGUGAACAUUAAAAUCUUCUAAAAAGUUUCUAUUUUCAUGAGAAUAGUGUUGAAUUUACAAAUUAAUUUGGAGAUUACUGGCUGAAUACUACCCUGAGAAGCCGUAAAGUGGCUUAAUCUGGGAAGCAAGCCCUAGAUUGAAAUUUCAUCUUGGCUGUUUUAACAGGUGCCUGACCUCGGAAAAUUUAUUUGCUUCUCAGUUUUUAUAUGUAUGCGAGGAGGACUUUAACGUCUGCCCUGUAGGAUUAAAUGAGAUAAAAAGCAUAAAAUGUCUUCUUGGGAGUAAGCAAUCCUUUCUUCACACGGUCCAUUCUGGUCAACUCACAAAUCCCUGAGAGGGAGGCCUCCAGGAUCCUAGAGUAGAUGACCAGAUGCCCAGGCGCGGGAUCCACGGAAGUCAAAGUCAAGCUUUCUAGGCCGACAGCUGUCCUCAGUCACUUGGUCAGAUAGUCUAAUCUCAGUUUUUCAGAAUGGAGAUUUACAGACAGUCAUCUGGGUGGAGGACACCCUUUUGGGAUCAGCACUGAAAGUGACGCCAUAUCCCACUCCAAACCAGCACAACUAUAAAUACUAAGCAAACAGGAAAAUAAACCCAAAGAAAGCUGAAGGAAGAAAGUACUAAAGAUGAGAACAGAAAUCAACGAAAAAGCAAACAUAUAUCCUUACUUAGAGCCUUCAUAUAUAAAGAGUGUGUUUUAGAUGGUGACUCCUGGCCUUAAACAGGAGUCUGUUUCAAAGCAAGACUUUUCCAGAAGAAGUCCAACAGAGUGAUGUCCAGGGGACUAAAUAGAAACAUUUAUCAGGGGCCCAACACUGAACAAGUUCAUGGGCUUCUGAAUAGUUUUCCCAAGUGAGGGGAGAUCCCCUUUGAAGAAGCACAACAGACAUUGCCUAAAGCUAAGGAGAGUAUCACUGAUAAAGGAACCGGAGACAUCUGGGAGAAUUUGCUCUGAAAUUCAGUCCUGCCAAUGCUCUGAGAGUGGGAAACCCUCCUUUCGGUUUGCACAUGAUUUUCAACUUCAGCAACUGUAAUAAAACAAGCAGGCUCUCAAUGUAAAGUUAGUGGAAAAGUCAUUUCUCUGAAAAUAUCCCUCCCUAUUUAAAAAAGCCUUAACACACCAGCAGCCCUGACUUAAACACCAGCAUGUCCAAACUGGAGGAAAGCCCUAUGUGUAUCCUCAACAUGGAAAGACCUUCAGUGUAAACCCAAGUCCCAUGAAACAACAGAGAAGCCAUCCUGGAGAGGACUUGCAUGAGAGUAAAGAAUGUGGCAAAAUCUUCAGACACUGGAUCUUGUCAGACAUCAGAGAGCUCUUGUGGAUAUCUUCAGUGUGGAAAGCCUUCUGUGCGAGCUCAGUAUUAUUGAACAUAAGUAAAUUCAUUUUGGACAAGAGCCUUAUCUAUAUUCGUGAGUACAGCAAAGCCUCAAAGUGCUGUGACAGCCUUAUUAAACAUCAGAGAAUCUGCACUGGAGAAAAACCCUGUUGGUCUGAAGAAGAUAGUAAAAGGUUCAUUAUGGUUCAGCUCUGGUCACCCACCAGAGAGUCCACACUGGAGAGCAGCACCAUUAUGAAUGUAGUGUGUGAGGGAAGGCCUUUAUUUGGAAGCUAGCACUUACCAAUCAUCAGAAUACCCAUGCUGAAGAGAAAAUUUAUAAAUGUAAAAAUGUAAAAAAGCUCAAUCUUAUACAUCAGAAAAUCCACACUGGAACAAAACUGUAUGCAUAUGACCAUAGGGAAGCUAACAGUGUUAGCUCAUUGCUUAAAGGGCAUCAAGAUUCCCGCAUGGGGAAAAGCUCUUUGUAAAUUAUGUGGGAAAACCUUCAGUCAAAGUUCAGAUCUUAUCCAGCAUCAGAGUCCACACUAGAUAGAAGCUUUAUGAGUUGGACAAAUGUAAGAAAACAUUUUGAUGAACUCAUCCUUUACUAAGCAACAAAGGAUACACAACAAAAAUGAACCUCAAUAAUAAAAUAUGUGGUAGAGAGAUAGUAGAGGAAUUUUUCAGUGUCAUCUGUCAUGAUUAAGGAAAAGACCAUUAAAUAGAAGAGGUGACAGUAAAAAAAAAAAAAAAAAAAAAAGACCAAA